AUGGUCACCACCGCCGUCGCCGACAUCCCCACCGUUGAGCUCCUCUACAAGAUCGGCCAGAUCCAUGCCAACCCGAAGGCCAUCUUCCCCCACAAUGCGUCGCAUAACCAAAAAGUCGCCGUUGUUCGAGGCGACAUCACCACCCUCGCCGUCGAUGCAAUUGUCAAUGCCGCGAAUAAGAGUCUUCUCGGAGGAGGCGGCGUCGACGGCGCGAUCCACCGCGCAGCCGGCCGGGGACUGCUCCAGGAGUGCAGGACCCUGAACGGAUGCGCCACCGGUUCCGCCAAGAUCACGGGCGCCUACAACCUCCCCAGCAAGAAGAUUAUCCACGCCGUCGGCCCCAUCUACGACGAGCUCAAUCCCGACGACUCCGAAGCGAAGCUUGCGGGUUGCUACAGCACCAGCUUGAAGCUUGCUGUUCAGAAUGGCUGUCGCAGCAUCGCUUUCAGCGCGCUGAGCACCGGCGUUUACGGCUACCCGAGCACGGAGGCGGCUCCCGUUGCUGUCGAGGUUGUCAGAGAGUUCCUUGACGGAGAGAAUGGCGAUAAGUUGGACAAGAUUGUCUUUUGCACCUUUGAGAUGAAGGACGUCAGAGCCUACAACGAGACCCUUCCUUUCUUCUUCCCUCCCGACGACCAGCCAGCCACCAAGAAGACCGAGGCCAGCCCUUCCAAGAAGGAAACAGAAGAGGCGAAAGCUAUCGCAGCUGAGUUGCCUAGCGUUCCCAAGUCUGACCCUUCUCAGUAA